GCUAGCUGAUCAUGGCAUCAUCCCUCAAGGCACUGCUUGUUGAGGAUACUGCGGUUGACAGAAUGGUUCUCUCCUUCAUGCUACGCAAAUUUCACUGUGAGGUCAUCCUGGCUAAGAAUGGGAAAGAAGAUGUUGAUAUGUUCCUUGAGGGUAACAAGUUUGACAUUGUUGUGUGUGAUAAGGACAUGCCCAUAAUGACUGGUCCUGAGGCAAUCAAGAAGAUCCGUGCUAUGGGAGCCACCGAUGUGAAGAUCGUCGGGGUGUCCGCUGAUGAUAACGCCAUGGAGGCCUUCAUGAGUGCCGGUGCUGAUGACUUUGUGCCCAAACCAAUGAGGCUUGAGGUUCUCGGGCCUAUGAUUCAGGAGGUCAUCAACAUGAAGAAUAAUUAGUGACGCUUGCUCGAUCCAGCCAUGGAUGAAUAAAUUAAGCUAGCCCAUAUACUAUGAAUGUUAUUUUUUGCGAGGGAUAUACCGUGAAUGUUUGAUAGAUUUAAUUUGUUUUGCAUUAUAUUGUUGUCGUGUUGUCAUUUUAGUUUCAAGGUCAUGUUAAAGGUCGGGCGUGAUAAGCAAAAAAGAACAAGAAGAGAGGCUACCAGUAAUGAGAUAGUUGGAAUCAAUGUAAUGUGUAACCUUUUGAAUUUAAUCUAUUACUUCUCGUUAA